AUGGACCGUAGUUGGAUGAGAGCUAAUCGAUUAAGUACUGAGUACAGACAUGGAGUGAUGGAAUUUCUACAGUUUGCGGAAAGUAAUGCUGAACUAGAACGUCCUCCUCCUGAAUUUCCUCCACUUUUUCUAUGUCCGUGUAUAAAUUGUGCAAAUAAAGAACCAAAACGUACUAAGAAAGAAAUCAUGAAUCAUCUAAUUUGUGACGGGAUUUGUCAAAAUUAUACACAAUGGAUAUGGCACGGUGAAGUAGUUGCAACGCCAAGUGUGUCCCAUAGAGAAAGUGGUAGUGUGGAUAUCGAUGAUCGACUGGAAGACAUGAUGCGUGAUAUUGGAGAAGAUUCGUUUAAGAGGGCGCAUGUGUAUGAAACUUUAUGCAGUGACAAGGAUGAACCAUUGUAUCCGGGAUGCACAAAUUUUACCCGUUUGUCUGCGGUGUUAAAAUUGUUUAAUUUGAAAGCAAAAAAUGGGUGGACCGACAAAAGUUUCACUGAAUUGCUUGAAUUGUUGAUACAAAUGCUUCCAGAAGGUAAUGUAAUGCCAAAUCGUUAUUACGAGGCGAAAAAAGUAUUGUGUCCAAUGGGUUUGGAGUAUGAAAAGAUACAUGCAUGCCCUAAUGAUUGUAUAUUAUACCGAAAAGAGUUUGUAAACUAUAAUCAUUGUCCGACAUGUAAGGCGUCUCGCUACAAAAAGAAAGAUGGUGAUUCUAGUGAUGAUGAGGUGACCAAAACGGGUCCUCCCGCGAAAGUCGUAUGGUACCUACCAAUAAUUUCAAGGUUCAAGAGAUUGUUUGCUAAUGCAAAUGACGCAAAGAAUCUUAGAUGGCAUGCAGAAGAGAGAAAAUGUGAUGGCCAAAUUCGCCAUGUAGCUGAUUCUUUGCAAUGGAAGAAAAUUGACUCUUUGUUUCCAAAUUUUGGCAAAGAGUCGAGAAACCUUAGACUUGGACUUGCUACUGAUGGAAUGAAUCCGUUUGGUAAUCAAAGUACUAACCAUAGUUCAUGGCCUGUUCUCCUGAUGAUUUACAACCUAUCUCCUUGGUUGUGCAUGAAGCGUAAAUAUAUUAUGUUAUCGAUGAUGAUUUCAGGCCCAAGACAACCAGGAAAUGACAUAGAUGUUUAUCUAAGUCCACUAAUUGAUGAUUUGAAAGUGUUGUGGGAGGAAGGAGUGGAUGUUUUUGAUUCGUAUUCUGGUGAACAGUUCAACAUGCGUGCCAUGUUGUUUUGCACCAUCAACGACUUUCCGGCAUACGGCAAUUUGUCUGGAUUGCGAAAAGCUUUUGACGGAGACCAAGAGAAUGGUGUUGCUCCAACGCCCUUAACUGGAGAGGAAGUUUAUGAACGACAACGAGACAUUAAUGUUGUCUUCGGAAAGUGCCAAAAGCCAAAAGGGAGAGUGCCAAAAGCGAAAGUGCCAAAAGCCGAAAGUGAAAGUGUCAAAAGGAAAAAGCAGCCUGUUGUGAAAAGUAUAUGGAAAAAGAGGUCAGUGUUCUUUGAUCUUCCAUAUUGGUCUAGUCUUGAUGUAAGACAUUGUAUUGAUGUGAUGCACGUGGAGAAAAAUGUAUGUGAUAGUGUAAUUGGAACACUUCUCGACAUUAAAGGCAAGACAAAAGAUGGUGCACAUGCUCGUCUUGAUAUGGAUUUGAUGGGUAUACGACAAGAGUUAUUACCACAAAAAAUCAAUGACAAGACAUAUUUGCCUCCCGCGUGUCACACUUUGUCUAAAGACGAGAAAACAAGUUUUUGCAAGUGUUUACAAAGUAUCAAAGUGCCACAUGGUUACUCGUCAAAUGUCAAGAGCCUUGUAUCAAUGAAAGAUCUCAAAUUAAUCGGCUUAAAAUCUCAUGAUUGUCAUGUCUUGAUGCAACAACUACUACCUGUGGCUAUUCGUGGGAUAUUGCCCGAUAAUGUUAGGAAAGCUAUAUGCAGGUUGUGCUUAUUCUUCAAUGCAAUAUGUUGUAAAGCAAUUGAUCCAUUGAAGUUAGACGAGUUGGAAAACGAAGCUGCAGUUAUCUUGUGUCAAUUGGAGAUGUAUUUUCCUCCUUCAUUUUUUGACAUUAUGGUUCAUUUGAUUGUUCAUCUAGUAAGGGAGAUUAGAUUGUGUGGCCCAAUUUAUUUACGGUGGAUGUAUCCAAUAGAGCGAUACAUGAAGAUCCUAAAAGGGUAUACAAAAAACCCACACCGUCCGGAAGCUUCGAUUGUUGAGAGGUACAUUGCAGAAGAAGCUAUUGAGUUUUGUUCAAACUAUUUGUCAGAAGUGGAUGCUAUAGGGGUUCCCAAGUCUCGUCAUGAUGGAAGAUGUGACGGUGUGGGCACGCAAGGUUUAAAUGUCAAGAGCAUGCAUAUUGAUAUAAUUCUUCAAGCGCAUUUGUAUAUAUUGAAUAACACUGAUGAAGUUCAACCUUACUUGUCUGCUCACAAAAGCAUCAUAAAGAAAAUGCACGAUAAGAUGAAUGAAAAAUGGGUGUUAAGAGAGCAUAAUAAGAAAUUCUCAGAGUGGUUUAAAGAAAAGGUCUGCCAAGAUGAUAGUGUUUCCGAUACAAUAAAGUGGUUGUCCUAUGAGCCUAAAUGUAACAUAUUGACUUGGAGUGCAUAUGAUAUUAACAAAACUUCCUUUUAUACAAAAUCAAAGGAUGACCGCAGUACCAUGCAAAAUAGUGGGGUUAUGAUUGUGGCAGAGUCCAUGCACUUCUCUAGUUCCAAAGAUAAAAAUCCGGUUAUGGCAUCUACACCCUACUUUGGGGUGAUUGAAGAGAUCUGGGAGGUUGAUUACGUUGUGUUUAAAGUGCCUUUAUUUAAAUGUAAAUGGAUUGAUAUCAACAAUGGUGUGAGAAUUGAUGAAUUAGGAUUUACAAUAGUUGAUCUUUGCAAGUUAGCUUAUAAAGACGAACCUUUCAUCAUGGCAUCCCAAGCAAAACAAGUGUUUUAUGUCAAAGAUCCUUCUAAUGAACGGUGGUCGGUGGUUCUACAAGGAAAAAAUGUGCAUGGUAGUUAUGAAAAUCAAGAGCUUGAUAUUUCCGAAAUUCCUCCUUUCUCAUCAGAUGUGCCUACCUUCAUUGAAGAAAACGAAGAGGAUGAUGUGCAUGCAGCUAUUCGUUUAGAUCAUGACGAAGGAAUAUGGGAUUAG